GUGGUGUGGGGUGAUGGCGUAAACGCCUGUCAGCCAGACAGAGCAUCCUCAGUCCAGCAGGGACAGCUGGGGGUCUCCACUCGCCUUUUAAGAGCCCUGCAAGUCCGCGGACGCCCACUUCUUGAAGCUCGCCGCCGUGCGUAAAAGGCUGCGCGUAAAAAAUCGGACGGACACAGACGAUUCUGAGCAAACCUUUCCUGUUUUUGUGUCCUGCUUCAGGUGGAACACCAAACGGAGACUCAAGAGGAUUAAAACUAUUUUCUUUGCCCUAUUUUUUCCUACUUCUUCUUCUUUUUUUGGUGCCCUCUAAGUCCGGCAGCCAGCAUGAUGUCCUAUUUGAAGCAGCCGCCGUACACGGUGAACGGACUGAGCUUAUCUACCUCAGGAGUGGACCUGCUGCAUCCCUCAGUGGGAUACCAUGGUACCCCUCGCAAACAGAGAAGAGAGAGGACGACCUUCACUCGGGCCCAGCUCGACGUGCUGGAGAACCUGUUCGGAAAGACUCGGUAUCCUGAUAUCUUCAUGAGAGAGGAGGUGGCCUUAAAGAUCAACCUGCCUGAAUCUCGAGUGCAGGUAUGGUUCAAAAACCGCCGAGCCAAACAUCGACAACAGGCCCAGCAAACCCAAAGUGGGGUCCAGAACAAGGCUGUCAACAAGCCGGUGAAGAAGAAAGGCUCUCCGGUCAGAGAGGCGAGCUCAGAGAGCGGAGCCAGCGGCCAGUUCACGCCGCCCUCCACCACCUCACUCCCGCCUGUGAGCAGCAGCGCGGCGCCGGUGUCUAUCUGGAGCCCGGCCUCCAUCUCCCCGCUCUCCGACCCGCUGUCUACCUCCUCCUCCUGCAUGCAGCGUUCCUAUCCCAUGACCUACACCCAGGCGUCAGGCUACAACCAGGGCUACACGGGCUCCUCGUCCUACUUCCCCGGGAUGGACUGCGGCUCUUACCUUUCGCCUAUGCACCACCAGCUAUCCGCCGCGGGCUCCGCCAUGAGCCCCAUGGGCAGCAACGGGGUGUCCAGCCACCUGAGCCCAGCGUCUUCCCUCUCCUCUUCGGCGUACGGGCCGGCGGCGGCGGGACUGGGCUUCAGCGGCGCUGCUGCAGACUGCCUGGACUAUAAGGACCAAACAGCCUCCUCAUGGAAGCUCAAUUUCAACGCGGACUGUUUGGAUUACAAAGACCAGGCAGCGUGGAAAUUUCAAGUGUUGUGAGAGGAGAGAAAUAAAAAAAGGGACAAAUGUGACAAACUUGCAGACUAUACAGGCAAAUUAAAACCCAAGGUUGGGAGCUGCAAAGUGCGGCUUUUUUUCUUUUUCCACGACUGCAGCCCCCAACUUCUACCUCGGGCAGAGCAGAACAAGGACUGCCAGCCGGUUGUCUCACUUGUUGGGUUAAUUUAUUGAACAUUCACACUGACUUCUCCCCAACUUUGAUCAAGGACACGGAACAAAUGUGUUGACCAAAAGGAGAAAAAAAAGGAUCAAAAGAGCGAAAGAUCCAAGCCUAACUUGGUUGAGUUUGAGGAAUAGGUCAGGUUUUCUUCUAAGCUCCUUAAAGACUCCCCUCUCUUGUCUUUUUUUUUUUUAUUUUGUUGGCACGCUGAAGGGCCCCUUUGAUCAAAGCGUUGUGCAUGAGUGUGUGUGUUAUAGAGAGUGUGUGUGUGUGUGAGAGAGAGAGAGAGAGUGAGUAGCUCUGACAUGAACCUGGAUGCACUAUUAAUUUAUGAGAAAUAUGUUUAAGACUAGUUAUAAGAGACAAUCAGUCCGUUUGCGUGUGCUCAUAAAUGUCCCUUAUAUGUUUUUGAAUUAUUCCCUCCCUGUGUUAGAUUUCUUUUUAAAUUGUGAUUCUUUGUACUGCCUGUAUGCAAUUUUUCUUCACACCACAAACCCAGCUGUGGAUUUGAUAGAUUUAUUUCCAUGUUUCCAGUGUUAAAUUAUUAUUAUAAGGACAUAUUAGUUGAAUGAAAUAGGGAUUGCAGGGUAAAAAAAAUAAAAAAUAAAAUCAA